ACUUGCAGCCGCCCAAAAUAAUAUUGCAUAGCAAAUGUCAGCUUUGACACAAACUCUUCAACAACUCAAACAAAAAAUUCAAUGAAAUUAAUUAUCGAAAAUGGGUCCCAAUAUUUCCAUAUGAAGAUUAAAUAAUAUCAAUAAAGUGUUCAACAUUUGAACAAAUAUAAGUUUUCAAAAAAGGGUUAUUAGCUUUACUUUCAUGAACCAAAAUUAAUUCACGGGCUAUAUAUGAUGGAACCAGAGUACCCAGAAGGAUCAGCUUCAUGUUGCUUUUGUUUCUCCACCAAGAAAGAUGUUUCAAGCAAUAACAAAAGCAAAGGAGUUUCAAGUUUAGGCCAAGUUGAAUGGAAAAAGAAUGAUGAAAUUUUAUCUGAUAUGAGCACUUUUUCUGUCAAAGAACAAGAGAGGAGGUUGAAGAAAGCUUUGGAAGAUGAAAAGAAGGUAAAAACUGAGGCAGAGAGGGUUGUUCAAUGGGUGAAACAGGAAUCAUCAAGAAUUGAUGUUUCUACAAUCAAUUCAAUUCUUAGUGAAAACAAGAAGAAAGAGGAAGAUGUUUAUUAGAUAUAGGGUUUGAUUAUAAGAAAUAUUUGUAAAGUGUAUAAACAAUAUAUUUGCUCUGAAAUUUCCAUGUUUUUUCUAUAUAUGAUACUAAUAAUUGUCAUUAAUAAAAUGAAAUAUGUUUAUCGCUAUAGUUGAAAACUUUGAUAUAUAGUUAUUUCUGAGGCUUCAAGUUAGGUGUAAUUUGAUUGCUAUGUAAAAGAAAGCAAUACGGUUGUUGACAAUGGUCAAUAAAAGUACAUGGAUUAUGGAUAGAUGAUUGGGAAGUGUCUAAGUAAUUUAAUUUUAUUAAGGAUAAAAAGUUUCUAGACGAC